AUGUCCAGUCUUCUGCUAACCAACCAGGUCUUGACCAUCCUCUCCUACAUCCUCUCCAUUUUCGGCAACUUUAGGUAUCUCAUUUUUGGCAAAAAAGGUCCUCUUGAUGAUGAAGAUCCUUUCCACUUGGGCAUAACUCCCUUUACUGCCAAUAUUUUUUUCAUAUUUAUUUUUUGGCUUUGUCUCUAUGGUGUUCAAUUGGCCUAUAUCAUCCAAUUGUUCUAUCCUGACAGUAGGGGAACAACUAGUCUUACCAAAAUAACUUCGACUUCCACAAGAUUAAGUGUCUCUCAGGUCGUUGGUUGGCAUUUUACUUCUUUUAAUAUCUUGACUUUUCUUUGGGCAUUUUUAUUCUCGAAAAACCACUACAUUUUGUCUGAAUUGAUUGUGGUUAUCAAUUUUUUUAACAUACUAGCCUUAUUUGCUGUUCAUAAAACCUAUAAAAUCCAAAGAUCGGAUUACUUCUUUUUAAUCCACUUGCCAACUUCGUCAAUACCUUUAGCCUGGUUGUUUUAUCUCUUGUUUUGGAAUGGUGCUGUUAUGUUCCAUUUCCACGAAAAUCUAGCUGCCAGAAUCUUAGCAAAUAUAUUUAUCUGGAACUUUUUGUUUGUUCCUGUCUUUGUCUUGGUGACCAUCAAAGAUUGGUCCUUUGGUUUAGCUAAUUCCUAUCUCAUGUUUGCUCUUGGUUUUGGUCAAUUGGGCAUUAAAGUGUUUGCCUUGCAAUGGAUCUUUGCUUUUAUUAUUAGUGCUGUCUUGUUUUUUUUCAGUGUUGUUGUUGCAACUGGUUCAACCUUGGCUAAUAUCGGCGAUGGUGAUGAACAUGUUCCUGGAACUAACACUGAAAACGCUCCCUUAUUACCAAGUUAG